CUGUAAAAUCUCCAUUUUGAAUGUUGUUUUUUUUAUGGGAAAGUUAGCGCCUAUUCGCAGCUGUUCACGAAAUCCUAAGUGGACGCAGGAGUUUUAUUUUUCUAAUCACGGGGCGCGUUUCUGGAUUACAGUUUGUUUGUUUUUUGACUGCGCAGUUUUGUUUUGUUUUGUUUUUUUGUGGGGUUUUUUUUUCCUGCGCUGUGUUGAAGUUUGUUGAAACGACUUGACGGACUGGCUGCAGGAGAGAGAAGUGCUCGGUGUUGCUAACGGCUAGCAGCAGCAGGGAGGGAAGAAAAUAACCAGGAAAAAAAAAAACACAAACAAAACCAAACCAUGUCAGAUGAUGCACCAAAACACAACGGGAACUUAAAUAUCGAAUGAAUUACCGCAGAUCUCCCACAGAUUUGGGCCAAGACACGUCAUGUGACGUCAUCACAGCGCGUAUACAGCCAAAGCCCUCUUCGGAUUCAGCACUGAAAGAUGGAGCAGGGAGGCGUGAAGAACGGCGCGAAGAGAGAUGAGCAUUUGAUGACGCGGAGUUUCAGCGAGAGCCCAGCUGAGGGAGUUUUGCAGAACGGAGCACGCGACACCAUGUCAUUUGCCCCGACUACUGUAGUGCCUCCUGUCAGCCCCCUGUUGCAGCCCGUGACUGGAGAUCUCCCCAACGGCGUGAACAACACGCCCUCUCCAGAGGAUAUCACCAUCAAUUUACCAUCCCCUCUGGAGCUCUUUGUGGAGGACCCUGACCUGAAAAUGGUUGGGAAGGACUUGAGGUCUCAGCAGUCCUUUCAGCAGCAGUCCUCCCUUGAGCUCUACAGCUUGGGGGAUAAUUUCUCACGUCUGGAGGCCAGCAUUGCUGAUCUCAACAGCUCCUUAACGUCCGUGGACUCUUUAAUCGGAGGAGGGGACCCUACUCUGUUCCCACUGAAAAACGAGGACUUCUCACCAAUGGGGAAAGGGGAAAUGGAUCUAGAUCAAGAUCCUUUCGGGAAAGACGUGGACGGCAGUAAUCCGAAGCUCUUCGGCGAGAACACCAUGGACCUCCUGGAAGAGUUCGACUUGCCCGAGUCGCCCACAGAUCUAUACUUGGGAGACGACGAGUUCCCGCCGAUAGCAGACGACGCUCUGCUAGGAGUCAUGGUUUCCGACAAGGACUCCAAGUCUGUGGACUCGCUGAGCACCAGCACCAUCGCCAACGUCAACGGCGGCGCCAGCUCGACUCCUUCCAGUGUGUCCACAAGCAGCCCAGUCUUGGUGAUCAAGCAAGAGAAGGAGCCCAUGAUCCAGCUGUGCACUCCGGGCGUGAUCAAGCAGGAGAACGCCAGCGGGAGGAGCUUCUGUCAGAUGACCGCAGACCUGCCGAGCCCAGUCAGGAACGUUUCCAUUGCCAUCUGUGGCGUCAGCACGUCCAGCGGCCAGAGCUACCACUUCGGAAGCCCUGUAUCCAGCGGCAGCCAGCAGAAAGAUCAGAAACCUGUUUUUAACGUGUACACACCGCAGCCGACGGGCAACGAGUGGGGCCAGGGAUUCGGAAACGCAAGUGCGAUGCAACAGAGAGCCAGCAACAGCUUCACCGCCACCCAGAGCUUCAGCACCAACUACACCGGCUCGACUGCCAGGCCCGAGGCCAACACCGCCACAUCCUCGGCCACAGGGAAGGCCAGCGGCACACACAAAAUCUGCCUGGUGUGUUCAGAUGAUGCAUCAGGCUGCCACUACGGAGUUCUCACCUGCGGCAGCUGCAAGGUCUUCUUCAAAAGAGCCGUGGAAGGGCAACACAAUUAUCUGUGCGCCGGGCGAAACGACUGCAUCAUCGACAAAAUCCGCAGGAAGAACUGUCCCGCGUGCCGUUUCCGCAAGUGCCUCAUGGCCGGCAUGAACCUGGACGCACGUAAAUCCAAGAAGCUGAAGAUGAAAGGUGUACAGCAGACGAACACGGCCGAGGUAACUCCUCCUCCGGCGCCCGAGGCGCGCUCGCUGGUGCCCAAAGCCAUGCCGCAGCUGGUGCCCACCAUGCUGUCACUGCUCAAAGCCAUCGAGCCCGAGACCAUUUACGCCGGCUACGACAGCACAGUCACAGACACCUCCACGCGGCUCAUGACCACCCUGAACAGACUGGGAGGGCGCCAGUUCGUCUCCGCUGUCAAGUGGGCCAAAGCUCUGCCCGGUUUCCGAAACCUUCACCUGGAUGAUCAGAUGACUCUGCUGCAGUCCUCCUGGCUCUUCCUCAUGUCGUUCGGUUUGGGCUGGAGAUCUUACCAGCAGUGUAACGGCAGCAUGCUGUGUUUCGCCCCAGACCUGGUGAUCAAUGAGGAGAGGAUGAAAAUGCCCUACAUGGGAGACCAGUGUGCCCAGAUGCUGAAGAUUUCCAAUGAGUUUGGGAGACUGCAGGUGUCGAAUGAGGAGUACCUGUGCAUGAAGGUGCUUCUGCUGCUCAGCACAGUGCCAAAGGACGGUCUGAAGAGCCAGGCUGUGUUCGAUGAGAUCAGGAUGUCGUACAUUAAAGAACUGGGAAAAGCCAUCGUGAGGAGGGAAGAGAACUCCAGCCAGAACUGGCAACGAUUCUACCAGCUCACUAAGCUACUGGACUCCAUGCACGAUAUGGUGGGUGGACUGAUGAACUUCUGCUUCUACACGUUUGUGAAUAAGUCUCUGAGCGUGGAGUUCCCCGAGAUGCUCGCCGAGGUCAUCAGCAACCAACUACCAAAAAUCAAAGCCGGGAGCGUCAAGCCGCUGCUCUUUCACCAGAAAUGAAAGGGGGAGGAAAAAACCCCCAAACUUUUUUUUUUUUUUCCAGCAGCGGGACAACAUGCCUUAAAGCUACACCACAUCACCAAGCGUUCCUCGCGAACCACCCAGAGGGACGGAGAGACACGGGGGCAGUGGAUGAAGGGCUCGUGAGGGGAAGAGACAUGGUGUCGGGGAUGGAUGGGGAACAGUAUGCAACAGAUCCAGCACAGAACAACGACGGACAAGUUUAAAGACGGGUAAACGACAGAAAACUAGACAGUGACUACGGUCAGAAUAAUAGUGUAGUGGAUGAAAAAAAAAAAACAAACAAAAAAAAAACAACUUAUAUUAUAAAUGUUGUCUCAGGUGUUUGAUUCUCAACAUUACAAUAAGUAGUAAAGCUAUCUCUACACAACGUCUGAUUUAUAUAUUUUUUUUGUUUAUUUUUUGAGCAAAAGCGAUGCCAUAGCGCACACUGUCGAUGCUCAGUCCGCUCGAUUUUCACAUCAUUUUCUGUCCAAACAAAUACAGAUUUAUUACGUCAUCUGAUAUGCAUCUUGUCUGAAUGAAUCAUUUCAGUAAUGUGUACAGCGAUAUAGCUUUGACGUUGCUUGAAAUUAGAGAAGUUGAGUACUUACACAAGACAUAUCUUUUUUUUGUUUUGUUUUGUUGUUUUUUUUUUUUGUUUUUUUUUCUAUUGUAAUGCUCACGAUUUGCUAACCGCUUUACUGAAUCUCACAAUUAUACGAUUAUAGCAAAAAGGGAAAAUAUGUGCCUUUUUUUGAGCUUGGUCCCAUUUUAGCCGUUCUUUUCUGUAACAGUGCGUACCCAGCGUUCUGCAUCCAUCAUGUUCGAUAUUAUAUUUGAUUGUAUUUUUAUACCCACUUGCACUGGCGGUUUUAUUUUCCUUUGAACCCGACACGGCCGUAUUUCAGUUCCUGGCAGCUCCGUGAUGAUAUAGCGUGAACUAACGUAAAUCUUUAUCGGUAUGGACAUUUAGGAGUCUGAUCCGCAAGUCACAUCUUUCCCACGUCGGCCCGUCGGACGCGACUAAAAUGCAAUUUUAAGCACUUUUUUUCCACUCCUUUUAAACGCUUUAAAAGACAGGAAAGACGGCAGGUUUGUGUGCGAGCGGUGGAGCUUGUGUGUUUAAGUGUUUGCCACGUUGGAUUUGUUUUCGUGGUUUGUCGACCGGUGUAGGAAUGAAUUCAUGCAAUGUGAAUCGCGCUUAUGAUUUCUGUUCAUCUUUUGGUCCUUUUUGUUUUUGUGUUGUCGUUGCUGAUUUUACGGAGGAAAAGCCAAUCAUACAAACGAAACAGUACAGACUUUCACUCAUGAAUAAUGAACGAACCAUCCCGCAUAUACAGACCGCCUCACUGAACGGUAGUGAAUGAAAUACAGUACAAUCAUUAUAGAGCUCUCUCGCGCGCUCUCUCUCUCAGUCUCACACACACACACACACACACACACACGCAGUACGCGUCUCAGCUUAAUGCCGUUGUUCCUUAGCCGCUCGUGUAUGUUAUCCUCGCUCUGCUGUUUAAUCAGUCUAACUAACACUUGUGGUUAUAACCUUACUCAGUCCAUUUCUCAGAUAACGAGCAACGUGCUAGCCUCAUACUCACUUCUCGGGGAAUUUCUACAAGCCUGUAUUUGUUGUAUUCUACUCUUUCUGUGCCAAAAUGUGUAUUACUUCCUGAUUUCUCGACACGUAAAACUGUGCUUGUCUUAACAGUUGUCAAGAGUUCUGCUGAGCAGGAAAUGGAGAAAAAGGAAAAGGAAAAAAAAAAAAAGAUGGAAUAUUUUCAUUUUCCUCUGUUAAAGCUUAUUACAUGUUUAAUACAUGAAUAAAAAGACCCGAUUAUACCUAGUGUCCCUUUGUUCACCGAGUUCUCUGGGAUCAGCAGCAGCCAGCUAUGAGAAAUCAAAGCUAUGAGCCAUUUAAGCUGUAGCUGUUUCUCCAGAGAUGGAGAAACGGAACGCUUCGGGCAGCGGGACAACACGCCUCGGAGCUACACGAUAUCGCCAAGUGUUCCUCGUAGUGAAGGGGAUUAUGGUUUUACGGAAUGAAUUUUUCAGCUGUCGAACGCAUCGUUGAUGAGAGAGGUCCGACUGGUUUGAGCUGACGGGAGGCGACGGGAACUCGAGUCACCGUGCUUUUACAACCACGGUGAGCAGAAAAGCAUGUCAGAAUGCACAACGUGCGGCCGUCGUAGCCCAUCCGCUUCAGUGUCCGACUUCAGCCGCGAGACCACAUCGGGUUCCGCUCCCGUCAGCCAAGAACUGGAAAAUUGCUAAAAAGUUUGAACAUUUCCCCCCACCUUUUUCUAGCGUCCUGUGUAAUCCGUCUGCCAAAAAUUCAAUACGUCGGACGUCAUCGAUCUAUCUAGAACGGUGGUGCCAUCAAAUUACCGGUUUGAAUGACACCGGCCCGACUGAUACGCAGGUACAGGUUGGUUUGUACCGCAAGCUUCUUUUUGUGUGAUUGCAGCCAUACUGGACGUGUUAUUUACACCAGGUUUUAAGAGUCCUUUCAAAAUCUGUUGGAAACAUCCUCCUGUCGAUCACCUUCUGGUUUAUGGGUCUCUCUCUAGCGCCAUUUUGAAAUUCACCGGUCCAAAAAUUCCGGGGUGCGACUUUAGCCAAAAAAUGUAUCUUUUCGUAACGUUUAUUUACAAAAAGCACUUUCUAUGAUCAUCCCUUACACAACAUGUGGUUUUGUUUGGUUUGUUUGUUGUUGUUGUUUUUUUUUUUUUUUACUGUUGGAACUACGAGCCAGUGUUUUAAAGCCUUAAUUCCAGUAAACCUUCCAGGUUAAUAGAUCGAUCACUGGAUCAGAUUUAGUGACCUGCAGGGGUUGCUGGAAUUAAGGCUUGGAAACACUUGCUUGUAGUUCCAACAGUGUUUUAAUGCCUUAAUACCAGUAAGUCCUGCAGGUCACUAAAUCUCUCACUGGAUCGGAUGUUUUUUGGUUUUUGUAAUAAACACGUUAAAUUACUUCAUCAGUCAUUCAUUUGUUUGAAGCUUUUCAGUAGCUGACAAAAAUGAUAGAUUAUAAAAGAAAAGUCAGUGUUUGUCAGGCUGUAAUUAAACGCCUUCCAAAGAGA